AGAGGAGUGUAUCAAGAAUAUAUUUUGCUAAAUUUCUAAAAUUUUAAACCAAACAAAACUCGGCAUACGGCAAAAUAUCAUGUCAGUGUUAAUAGACAAAAGAAAACGUAACCGCGAAGACGAUUUACUAUGUGAAUCGACACCAUUGUCUAAACGGAUCAAUAACUUGCAUUUGUCAAAUUUCGAAGACACAAAUCUUAAUCAUCAACAACAAUCACAGCAUAAUAAUCAUAUAUAUCAAGCUAUACAAGGCAAUAAUAAUAAUCAUCAUUCGCAGCACCAAUACGUACCGAAGGAUAUUAUAACUCAGUCGUUGACGCAACAACAGCAUAUGGAAUCAUUAGCCCAUGACUCUAUAGAUGUGGUGCAAAAGGCUACUUACAAUCCUGAUUUAAACGAAGUAGAAAAUCCCUAUUAUUAUACUAAAAAUAAGCUAUUGCACGAAUUGCACAUGGAGCGUUUGAAAAGAUGUUCACUCUGAAACUGAUUGAUUAUUAAUGAGUGAUAAUUUGAGGAUAAUGAAGAAAAAUCUGUUUCGACAAAAAGUGUUCUCAUUCCUGUGAAAGGAUAAUUAUGCAGUUAAAUAAUUUCUCAAAAUAUGUAAAAAAACAUGAGCGCUUAUGACCGAAUAUAUAUUUUUCAUUAAUAUUCUAAACCUACUCUUUCAGUAUGAGAAAAUGAACUCUUAAUGAUAUAUAAUAAUUUUAU